AUGGAGAUUGCGAGGCCAGGAGAGGAGGAGGAGGAGGGCAGCGCGGAUGCAGAGCAGGGAAGGGCUCCCCGCUCUGCGAGGGCUGUGGCGCUGCAGCGGGCGGAAGCGCGGGCUGGAGUCCCGGGCCUCGCUGCUCUGCCGCGCCUGCCCCCCAAAACCGAGGGAGGACGUGCAGGCGCCCCGGCGCUGAAAUUCCUUGCUCGGGGAGGGCCGCACCCGCACUUUCAGGCUCGGCGGGGCCGUCGCCCUGAACCCCUGCCGGGCGCGCGGGCUCAGGCCCCAACAGCCUCUGCUUAUAAUGGUGGCAGCCUGUGCAAGCCGGGGGAGGUGAGGGAUGGCCAGGGUAACCAGGUGGAAUGCCUUGGAACCGCAAAAGGAGGACAGGAGACCCUCACGGGGCACGUCCUCACUGGCGAGCCAGCCACUCACCCUAGGACCUACAGGUCCCUGGCCCUGGGCCAGCAGUACACAUCCCUGGGCUCCCAGCCCCUGCUCUGUGGCUCCAUCCCGGGCCUGGUCCCCAAGCAGCUGCGCUUCUGCCGCAAUUACAUCGAGAUCAUGCCCAGUGUAGCCGAGGGCGUGAAGCUGGGCAUCCAGGAGUGCCAGCACCAGUUCCGGGGCCGCCGCUGGAACUGCACCACCAUAGACGACAGCCUGGCCAUCUUUGGGCCGGUCCUAGACAAAGGUAUGCUUCUGGUAAGGUGGGAGGUGGGGAGGAGAUGGGGCAACAGCGUCAGGGUCUCUGCCUUUGCCCUGCAGGGGAGGACAGUGAAAGCGGUGACGCUGGUCAUCAGCGGCCUCCACGGAAAGUGUGUCCGUCUCUAGUCUGACAAACCAGGCUGGGGGCCAGUCAGCCCUGCGAGGAUGCAGGCUCGAAAGAUUUGAGGUUGGGCCCCAGGGAGCUAGCAGCAGUCUUCCUUCCUGGCUCACACAGCGGGACCCGGGCUUUGAUGCGGACACUUGCCACAUUUCCCAAAUCUGUGCUAACUGCUAUGCAAAUGCCACACUGGGGGCGGGGUUGGGGCACUGCCCCCCAGGUCCUUUCUGUCUGGAAAGUCCUCAGGAGCUGAGGAAGGUGCCUGGUGCCAGUAGCAUUGUAUUGCCCCCAAGUCCCCUGCUGAGAGUUUUUGCUGGCCUCCACGCCCUGCAAACCGGAUUCAUCCAUAAACUCCGUACGUCCACCCCGGCCUCGGGGGGUAAUUUCCCAGGUGUCCCGCAGUCUGGCGGUUGAACUGGCCCUGCCUCAAGUGGGUGCAAGUAACACGAUUUGACUUUGAAUUCAGGGGCCCUGGGGGCGAGUUGAGAUCGGCAACUGCUCCCAAGAAAGGGACUUUGGGGCUCCCGGGUUGUGCGCUGGAGAUGAGCACCUGUUCGGGGAAUUGCAAUGUCCGGGGGCUUCAUGGCCCUAGCCAGGCUGGCCUCCCCUGGGAUGCUGCCGACUAAACCACCCACCUGGUAUUCCCUCCUUUUAGAAAAGAGAAUUAAUCGAGCUGCACUUACAGCCAGAAAGGGGGGCGGGCUGAGAUCUCUCCCCCGCCCCAGUUGGAGGUGGGCAAGAGCCGACUCCCCCAUUUCAGAGUGUAACACCCCUUUACCUGCCCUGUUGCACUGGGCAGUCCGACCUCCAGAGAAACGCGGGCUAUUGUCAUGGGACAGGAGGGCAAUUAGCAAAUCAAUGGACGAUGAUUCUGUUUACGCUUCUAUUACCAAAGCUAAUUAUUCCCUGUUUACAUAAAAGGUUUGGCCUCUAAUUGGGGCCAAGUGGCUGCGGCUUGCCUUUUACACUUGAUCUCGCCGCGCAUGGGUCUCCUCGCCUUCCGGCGCGCCACCGCGGGCC